AUGGCACGUAACGAGGAAAAAGCUAUGGCCAUGCUUAACAGAUGGGUCAAGAUGAAGCGUCAACUUAACCAAAAGUAGCGAGAGAAGAGACCAGAGAAUGCUUAAAGCUGCACUUAAAUAUCAGAGUGUGAUGUCUGGCGUUAAGGCAUUAUAAGAGAGCUUGUGAAAAAAGUCUCAGACAUUUAAAAUGCAUCAGUAGGUGAGCACAGAAUUAGAGAUUUAAAUGAUGAGAUCAAUAACUUGAUAAAGGAAAAGAAAAAUUGGGAGGAGAGAAUCAGGGAACUUGGAGGGCCUGAUUAUAGAUAGUAGACUAAUAAGUUAUUAGAAACUGAGGGUUCAGAGCUACCUGGUGCUGAUGGUUAUAUCUAUUUUGGAGCUGCUAAGAAUCUACCUAAGGUUAGAGAGCUUUUUCAAAAAGAAGCACCUUCUGCUCCAAAAGCAACUAAAAUUGACUUAUAUAAAAGAGUUACUUAUGGCUAUUUAGGAUAUGUUUAAGACACUGAAUUAGAGAGGAAGGAAAGAGAAUAUGAAGAAAAAAUCAGAGCAAAGAAGUCUUAAGAGGAAUAGAGAAAGAGAUAGAAGACUGACACUAAUAGUACAGGAUAAGAUUAAAUACCAGGUUCUAGUGGUGGGCAAAAAAUGAAUAUAGAGCAAUUUAAGUAGUUACAUUCUCUUAAGAUGAACAUAUUUAAUCCAUCUGAGCAAACAAAGCAGACUAAUUUAAGAAUCAUUGACGAUGAAGAUGAUUAAUAUCACAAUCCUGUAGAUUAAUAAGCUGAAGAAGUAGACGAGGAAAUUCAAGUAAGUUAAUAAAAAGAGCAGGUGCAAUGGCAGGCAAAAACUAAAGAAGAUUUACUUAAGAGACUAGCAGAAAAGAAGAAAGAAUUGUUGAUAAAGAAAUAUGCCAGUGAUGAUUUAAAUUAAUAGCAAUAAUAGAUGAACCAUGACUGA